AUGGCGAAAUGUAUCUCAGAGGAGCAGGCGGCCUUCUUUCUGGAGAAUGGCUAUGUCGUGAUCAAGCAAGCAUUCACCAAACAGAAGGCUGCAGACUGGUCUAAAGACGUCUGGGUUCGGCUCGGAAUGGACCCGAACGACAAAUCUACGUGGACGAAAGAACGGAUCCACAUGCCAUGGCAUAAGCGCGAGAAGGUUUCCACGUUCGCACCCAAGGCAUGGGAAGCGAUGCAAGAUCUCCUCGGAGAGGGACGCGUCGAUGAGGACAACUCGACGUGGGGCGACAGCUUCAUUGUCAACCUUGGGAGCCUAGAGCUCGCAGCUGCCACCGAAGACAUCCAUCCUCGUGACCUCGACAACUGGCACGUCGACGGCGACUUCUUCGUGCACUAUCUCGACUCGCCGGAGCAGGCGCUGCUCGUUAUCCCCCUCUUUUCGGACAUCAAACCUCGCGGAGGCGGGACAUACAUCGCGCCGGAGGGUAUAGAUAUGGUCGCCAACUACUUGGCAGCACAUCCAGGGGGCGUCAUUCCUGUGACAGGAAGACUUGUUCCGGCUACGACAACAUAUGAGAACCCUGCCGAUGAUCCCGAGGGUUGGGUCCACCGCAAUGCCGCCCCAGAGUGCUCCAAAUUCGUUGAGAUGACGGGAGAGAUCGGAGACGUUGUGCUCAUGCAUCCUCUCAUGCUCCACUCAGCAUCGAAGAACUACUUGCGGGAAGCGAGAAUCAUCAUCAAUCCGCCUGUUUUGUUGAAGGCGCCAUUCAAGUUCGACCGCGAGGAUCCAGAAGAGUUCAGCUUGGUGGAGAGGAAGACGCUGAGGGCUUUGGGAGUCGACAGGCUAGACUUCCGACCUACGACGGCGCGCAGGAGGGUUGUGCCAAAAAGCAUGGCGGCCAAGAAUACGAUGUUGGAGGAGGAAAAGAGGCGGUUGGCGGAGUUCGAGAAUCAGUCUCAUACUGCGCCUGCAGUGGCAGCCAUAGCAUAGGUCAUACAAAGCAAAGACUACUGCCCUUGCUGACUGGCGUGCACACAUGGGGCAAGUUGAAAGCAUUAGCUCGCGAUGUCGGCUAGUUGGCGGGAUUUGUGGAGCUUUUUGAGUUCGCCCAGGACGUCGAAAUUGUAGCCAGAGGGUAAGUUAAAGAGUAUAGGACGCCAGGUGACAAAGCCGCAGUAAACACAGAGCGCAUAUUGGUGGUCACUAGCUGCGCAAGCGUCGUUCAGGGUGCGUUAUAAGCUCGUUUGUAGCACACGCAGGAGAUCUAGUAGUCGACAUGCCUUCAAUUAACGCCCUACCGUACAUCGCAUUUGUCAACGAUGCGGUGCGCGACUAGCAGCGGCGUCUAGCGCAGUGUGCAAGGCUCAGGAACUGCGGCCCACCCACUAUUGCGUGUGAGAUGUGUUGGUCGCAAGAAUUUGAAGGCAUCGACGACUACAUAGCCAGCGAUAUGGCAAGGAAAAGGGCAUGCGUAGCCUUCAGGGCAAUCGCC